UAAAGGAGAAAUAAUCCCUUUCCCAACUUUCUUUGCACCUCUUUCUUUCUUUCUUUCCCAACCUGAACAAAACACAUCCAAAAUGGACUUAUUGUGGAUGGGAUGGAGGGAAGGCAUUGACAAGGGAUUUCCCAUUUUGUACCUUUCUAAUCCGGAAUAGAAGGAGGAAGGAGGCGGGAGGGGGGGAAGGCCAAGAAAGAAGUGUAACUUUAAUUUUUGGAAGGGGGAGGAAAUAAAAAGGCAGCGCCGGGGAGAAGGUGUUUACCUUGCCAUCCUCCUCCUCCUCCUCAUCAGCAUGUAGGCUAAUGAUCGGGGGCCAGAUGCGGGCUUCUAUUGUCUUGUUGCUUUAGCGCCGACGCCCCGCCUCUGGUGGCCGCCUAAAACCUGGCGCCGGGCUAAAACAAACCCAAGGCAGCGCCGAGCCGCCACUUCACCCAAUUAAGGCGGACUUGGGCCACUCGCUUACGUCUCCAUCCAACGGGAUCGGCGUGGAGGCAACCCACCAGAAUAUUUGGCACCCAAAAAAAAAAAAAAACCUAGGAGAGAGAGAGAGAGUGGGGAGAGAGAGAGAGAGAGAGAGAGUUUUGCCUCCCCUUUCCCUUUUUCUCCCUCCUCUUUCCCCCCAGCCGCCGCAUCAUGUCGAUGAGCCCCAAACAUACGACUCCUUUCUCAGUGUCUGACAUCCUGAGCCCCUUGGAGGAGAGCUACAAGAAGGUGGCCAUGGAGGGCAGCAACCUGGGGGCGUACCGGCCCUCGCAGGUGGGCCAGCCGGGCAUGCAGCAGCACCCCAUGGGGGGCCACAACGGGACCUCCUCCGUCUCCGCCGCCGCCGCGGCCGCCGCCGCCUACCACAUGACGGCCGCCGCCGCCGCCGGGGUGCCCCAGCUGCCCCACUCCGCCGCCGCCGCCGCAGCCGCCGCCGCCAUGGGGGGCUACUGCAACGGGAACAUGGGCGACCUGCCGCCCUACCAGGACUCCAUGCGCAACGGCGCCGCCGCCGCCGGCCCCGGCUGGUACGGGGCCAACCCCGACCCCCGCUUCUCCACCAUCUCGCGCUUCAUGGGCCCCUCGUCGGGGAUGAACAUGGGCGGCAUGGGCGGCCUGAGCUCGCUGGGCGAGAUGGGCAAGAGCAUGGGGGCCCCUCUCCAGAGCACCCCCCGCCGCAAGCGCCGCGUCCUCUUCUCGCAGGCCCAGGUCUACGAGCUGGAGCGGCGCUUCAAGCAGCAGAAGUACCUCUCGGCGCCGGAGCGCGAGCACCUGGCCAGCAUGAUCCACCUGACGCCCACCCAGGUCAAGAUCUGGUUCCAGAACCACCGCUACAAGAUGAAGCGGCAGGCCAAGGACAAGGCGGCCCAGCAGCAGAUGCAGCAGCAGGAGGCCGCCGCCUGCCAGCAGCAGCAGCAGAGCCAGCAGCAGGGCCAGCAGCAGCAGUCGCCCCGCCGGGUGGCCGUGCCCGUCCUGGUCAAGGACGGCAAGCCCUGCCAAGCCGGCUCCAACGCGCCCUCCAACGCGGGGCUCCAGGCCCACCAGCACCACCACCAGCACUCCCAGCACCCCCAGCAGCAGCAACAGGCGGCCACCGCCAUCACCGUGGCCUCCAACGGCUCCGGCCUGGGACAGCAUCAGAGCCACCAAGCCAGCAGCGCGGGCCAGUCGCCCGACUUGGGGCAACACGCGGGGAGCAGCCCUUCCUCCCUCCAGAGCCAGGUCUCCGCUCUCUCCCACCUGAACUCCUCCGGCUCGGACUACGGGACGGCCAUGUCCUGCUCCACCUUGCUAUAUGGCAGGACCUGGUGAGGAGACGCAAGGCAGACCCGGGACCCACGCCAAACACACACACACAC